UCGGCGACCGAGCUCUCUCCAAACCGAAUUUCAUUCAGUCGAACAUUCGCGUCCGAUACGGCAGCAACAAGUUGCUCUCUCACUCAACCACAAUUGUGUCUCAUCAUUUUUUUCUCGUCGGUUUCUUUUCAAAUUUAUCGCCGUUCUUUUCCAUUGCGGUUCUGUAUUUGAACAUUGUAUUUCAUGAAAAAUUGUGUGUGUCGGUAGACAAAAAAGGUGUUUUCGCGCUCAUAAAUAAAUACAAUUAUUUUGAGCUAUUUGUGUGGAGUGUGUUUCUCUGGUGAAAUCUCAUAAAAUACAGAGUAAAAAACAGUAAAGUUUUGUGUUACAAAGCGAAUUUUAUUUGACAAACGGAAAACAGAUAGCAGAAAAUGAUGUCAGAAACUGUCGUAACAGUCGAAUCAGGCAAUCGGAAUAAUGCCCAAGCACCACCAAAACCAGCCGGACCACAACAAUCAUCCGCUGGACCAUUGAGUUGGAUCACAUUCAACACAGUUUAUUUCCAAUCGGUGCCCGGACUCCUGAAACUGAUUCAAUUGGUUUUGGGCAUAAUUUGUAUGUCAUUGGCAUCGCCGGCUGUGAUUGCAUCGACACAUUGGUUCUUGUUUGUCGUUGUAACCGCGUUCAUCGCCACGCUACUCUGGGUCGCCAUCUACUUUUUGGGCAUUCGUGAGGUUCUCAAUUUAUCGGUCAAUUGGAUAUUAACGGAGCUUAUUAACACUGGUAUUUUUACCAUUGGUUAUGCCAUCACCACAUUGUUCCAAUUGAUAAACUGGGUUAGCGUUAAUUACUACGGACGUGCAUCGAAUAUUACAGCAGCCGUUUUCGGUUUGUUCAACACAAUCGCAUACGCAGCUUCAACAUACUUCUUAUUCUUGGAACACAAAGCCGGCGCAACGCACUAAAUAUACAACUAGAACAAGACUCUAUCUCUUUAUACAAGAUCACAAAUCAACAACAGCAACAAAAAAACCGACAAAUUCGUUAAGCGGUUUUAAUUUUUGUUUCCUUCUUCAUUUUAUAUUCAUUUAAAAAUAGAGAAAAAAAAACAUUUGAAUAAAAAAACAACAACAAACAAAUCAAAAGAGAGAAUAAAGCAACAACAACAAUUAACAAAAAAUGAAUUAUUAAUGUAACGCAAGACGAAUUAUCUAUUUGGCUUAAGUCUUUAGACGAAAUUGUCGCAAAUCAAAUCACAAUUUAAGUAAUUUUUUUUUAAUAUUAUAAUGAAUAAAUGUACGUUUUAAGUGUGUAAUAAAUGUUGUAGUUUGUCCACAAGAAAAAUGAUUAAAAACUGUUUUUUUUGGUCCAACGAUUUGAA